AUGCAGAUUACUACUACCCUGUAUACAAUUGAGGACGACUGCACAAUUCAAGACGCUGUCAUGACCAGCACAUCUGGCCUGCUGAGCAAGCAAGCCAGAGCGAUGCAGCGAUGCGGAGCAAAGGCUCGGGAUUGCUUGCUCGAGGCCAGAGGCUCUAUCACGUGGUUGCUACCCGAGAGGGUCAUUAGCCCUACGAUAGCCUCGCAAGCCAAUGACCGUGACCUUUCUCGCCUGAACGACUGGAAUUUCAUCAUCUGGAAGACCCGCGUCACAGCUGCUCUCGACGGGAAGCACCUCCUCGGCUUCGCCACUCAAGCCGACUACGCUGGGGACGCGGAUGUCAACCUCGGCACAGACGAAUAUCUCAACCCGGUUCAUCAUCUGGAGCGUCACGACGUCGUCAAGCGCGGCGCUCCUCAUCGAAAAGAAAAACCUCCCGUGGCCCUGUCCUUCACUGCCCAGAAGAAGCAGGAGCUGGACCGAGCUGAGAAGCUGAAGGCCAAGAGCCAACAGCUGAGCUCCAAGAAGCUGCGCCUUAUAGAAGCGAAAGCCAAGGUGUUCCUGAUCAAGACCAUCGACGAUCAACAUGUCCACACGGUCAAGGAGAGGACCAUAGCGUAUGAGAUCUAUCAGACUCUCUUUAGCAAGAAGGAAGAUGCAGUCAUCCACGGCGACCCGUACUUCAUCAGAUCGUAUCUGAUGGCACCGAAGUACGAGGAAGAAAGUGACCUCACUUCGUUCAUCUACGACCUGGAGGAAGCAAUGAAGCGCAACAUCGAGACCAAGGUCCUGAACGACCUUGCGCGCAAUCGCUACGUUCUCAAGCAGGGGACCCCAGAAUCCCAAGAGACCUGUGCUGAAAAGACCAUGCCAGCAUCAGCAGCUGAGCAAGUGCGCGUGGCGGUUCCAUCCUAA